AUGGACGGAUACCUCUUUCUGCGGUUCCUCAGGGUGCUCUGUUCUACUUGUUUUACUGGUUGCCUCGUCACAUGGCCUAUCCUGAUCCCGAUUCACGUCACCGGUGGUGCAGGAAACACUCAGCUAGACGCACUCAGCUUUAGCAACGUAAAAGACCCGGCCCGGUACUAUGCACAUGCUAUCAUGGCAUGCAUCUUAUUCACCUAUGUCUUCUACGUGGUCACUCGAGAGAGUCUCUUUUAUGCGAAUUUGCGGCAGGCGUAUCUCAAUUCCCCUGCCUAUGUUCGUCGUAUAUCAUCACGAACAGUGCUAUUCAUGUCCGUGCCAGAAGACUACAAGAACGAGCAGAAGUUGCAGCAAGUCUUUGGGGAUUCUAUUCGAAGGGUCUGGAUCACAUCCGACUGCAAGGAGCUCAUGAAGAAAGUCCGCAAACGGGACAGUUUAGCUUAUCGGUUGGAGAAAGCGGAGACCAACUUGAUUCGAGCAGCAAACUCGGCCCGUCUCAAGGCAUUCAAAAAUGGAGUGAUCACUUCGGACACGUGUCUGGACUGCGAAAGUGGGACACAUAGCUGGCGUAAGAGAAUUCGCAGACCGAGUCACCGUGUGAAGUUGUUUGGACCCAAAGUUGACUCCAUCUGUUGGUUACGCGACGAGCUUGUGAAGGUAUCAAAGGAGGUAGAAUACCUUCAGGAACAGCACAAAAAUGGGAAGAUGAAGAAUCUUUCUGCUCUGUUCAUCGAGUUCAACACCCAGUCCGAUGCGCAGAUCGCUCUACAGACGCUCUCUCAUCACCAACCGCUCCAUAUGACGCCUCGUUUCAUUGGUAUCUCUCCUAAAGAGGUUGUCUGGUCUACUUUGAACCUCAGCUGGUGGCAGCGCAUUGUGCGCAAGUUCGCGGUCCAGGGUGGAAUUGCUGCCUUGGUUAUCUUCUGGUCCAUCCCCUCCGCUGCUGUUGGGGCGAUCUCGAACAUCACCUACCUGACCAGCCUUUUACCUUUCCUGGGCUUCAUUGACAAGCUACCUUCAUCACUGAAAGGAGUGAUUGCGGGACUGCUACCGUCCGCAGCUCUAGUCCUUCUCAUGUCAUUGGUUCCGAUCAUCUGUCGCUUCCUCGCCAGACGAGCAGGUGCCCCAUCGACAGCCCAUGUAGAGCUCUUCACACAGAGCGCGCACUUUUGCUUCCAGGUCGUCCAAGUCUUCCUUGUGACAACCCUGACAUCGGCAGCAUCCGCCGCAACAGCCCAAAUCAUCAAGGACCCUCUGUCGACAAAAGAUCUUCUCGCCCAGAACCUACCAAAAGCCACAAACUUCUACAUAUCAUACUUCUUGCUCCAGGGCUUAACAAUGAGCUCGAUGGCAGUGGUGCAGGUCGCCGGCGUUAUUGUAUUCAAAUUCAUAAGUACCUUUUUCGACCGCUCCCCACGCCUCCUUUACCAACGCUGGGCAUCCCUCAGCGGAAUCGGCUGGGGAAACGUGUUCCCCGUAUUCACCAACAUGGGUGUCAUCGCCCUAACAUACUCCUGCAUCGCCCCCCUCAUCCUCGGCUUCGCCUUCGUAGGCCUCUACCUCGUCUACCAAGCCUACCGCUACAACUUCCUCUUCGUCUACGACAUUGAAAUAGACACAAAGGGGCUCGUCUACCCGCGCGCCCUCCAGCAUCUCCUAACAGGCAUCUACCUCGCCAACAUCUGCAUGAUCGGUCUCUUCGCCAUACGCGCCGCCAUCGGGCCCCUGAUCAUUAUGGCCCUCUUCACCGUCCUCACCGUACUAGCACACAUGUCCCUCAACGAGGCCCUAGCCCCACUCUACACCUUCCUCCCCCGCACCCUCGACACAGAAGAAGAAGAGCAGCAGUCGAAAGAAGACGAGACGCAGGCCCUCCUGCACCAUCCCCGCAACCGCUGGGAGGCAGCCUGGAAAUGGUUCCACCCGAACCUGUACAGAGAUUAUGCGGCGCUGCGGCGCAAAGUGCGCCGGGACCAUGUCGAGAUCAGAUACUCCGAGGAGGAGGAGCGGAAUGCGUACUUUGAGCCGUGUAUUUGGGCGCGCACGCCGACGCUGUGGAUCCCCAGGGAUAAAUGGGGGUUCAGUCACCAGGAGGUUAUUGAGACGCAUCCCUCCAUUCCGAUUACAGAUGAGGGGGCGCAUCUGGAUGAGAAGAAUAAGUUUGUCUGGGAUAAGUAUGAUCCGAGCCUUCCGCUUUGGGAGCUGAAGGUUCUGUAUUGA